GUCAACACCAACUAUGAUCAGUGUGAUCGCACUGCUCACAGAAAUGAUUGGAUCUGAUCAGUUGUCAAACAGAUUCAAAUUUUGGCGUACUUAAUCAAUUAAUUUUGAUUAUGGAGUUUUUCCUAUUUUCUCAUGAGUCGUUACUUAAAGAUAAACAAAAUCACUGGUUCUGAAAGCCUCUCUCAAGUAAUCAUGAGAAAUCCACGUUAUUAAUAGGAGUAAUAUAAAUUAUUAUGAAGAAACUACUCGUUCUUUUGAUUUUCUUAAAAUUAUCGCUAUGUUAUUUUGGCUCACAGGAAGAUGAUGACUGUUUUUGUCAGUUGCAGGGUAAAAUAGAUGAUUGCACAUGCAAUGUAGAUACUGUAGAUCAUUUCAAUAAUGUUAAAAUUUAUCCAAGACUGCGUAGUCUUCUUCAAAAGGAUUACUUUCGGUUCUUCAAAGUGAAUUUAUUCAAAAAAUGUCCUUUCUGGCAAGAUUAUAGCCAGUGCGGAAUAAUAUAUUGCCAUGUGGAACCUUGUAAGGAAAAUGAAGUUCCAUUGGGGUUGAAAGAAAAAGAUGGUAAAAGGUUUGGAGUUGAAAAUAAGUAUGUUAAAGAUGCCGAUUGUAAGCAUGGGGUGGAUGAUAAAUUAGGAGAGAUUAAUACCACGAUCAGUGAUCAAGCUCGGGAAGAUUUCGCUCUGUGGAGUGCAUAUGAUGAUGCUCAGGAAAAUUUUUGCCUUUUGGAUGAUUUUGAUGAAGAUUCAAAUUAUGUAGAUUUACUUCUCAACCCAGAAAGGUAUACAGGUUAUAAAGGAGAAUCUGCUCAUCACAUAUGGCAAACUAUUUAUCUAGAAAAUUGCUUUAGGCCAAAUGGACAGCUAAACUCAUAUAUUCAUAGUCACUCUUUGAAUAAUAUGUGCUUAGAAGAAAGGGUGUUUUACAGAGCCAUUUCUGGUCUUCAUGCAAGUAUUAAUAUACAUGUUUGCGCCAAAUAUCUCUUGCAAGAAUCAAGUUUCAAAAAUCCACAGGGUGAAUGGGGUCAUAAUUUAAAGGAAUUCCACAAGAAAUUCUCCCCUGAAAUGACAAAUGGUCAAGGGCCCUCCUGGCUUCGUAACUUAUACUUCUUGUAUCUCUUAGAAUUAAGGGCACUUCAGAAAGCAUCGUCCUAUUUGGAAAAGGAAGAGUUCUACACUGGAAAUGAAUCUGAAGACUGGGAUACCAGAUUUGCCAUAAAAGAUUUACUUACUAUUGUUCGUAAUUUUCCUCACCAUUUUGAUGAAUCUACAAUGUUUGCAGGACACAAACAGAAUCAAAAGUUGAAGCAUGAAUUCAAGCAGCAUUUCAGAAAUAUAUCGUCCAUAAUGGAUUGUGUAGGUUGUGAAAAAUGUAAGCUUUGGGGAAAACUGCAGGUUCAGGGUUUGGGAACUGCUCUCAAAAUCCUCUUUUCUGGAAAAUUUGAUAAUGCUGAAAUGGAGGAAGGUACUUCAAAGAAAAAUUUUCAGCUUCUCAGAACUGAAAUUGUGGCUCUCUUGAAUAGUAUUGGAAGGUUAUCUACUAGCAUUUAUGAACUUGAUGAGUUUCGAUUCAUACUACGAUGAAGGCAAAACCAUCCAUCAUCUUUUCAUUUCAAGCUUAUAACAAAGAUGGAAAUUCAAUUGAGAAAGAUUAGAGGAAAAAACGUAUAUUAGUUGUAUAUUAUUUCUUUCAGAAGUGGUACUAAGAACUUGAGACUUAAAAAUCUUGAAAAAGACAGUGGAUAUGAAAUGAUCACAUCACUAUUUUUAUAUUUUUGUAAAUGUCUGGUAGAAAAAUACUAUUUCUUUAAUGUCAUGUCUGUGGAAUAAAAAAUUUUGAAGCUU